AUGGCACGCGAUACUUCACCUGAAUCACCGCUCUCAUCAACCUACGAGUCGGAAAUAGACGACGAUGGUGUUCACGACUACGACGAGUCGACACUGCGACCUUCCAAGCGCCAACGACUCGAAGCUGGAUCAACAACAUCAUCUGCUGUAAUCCCCGACGCUGAACCAGAAGCCGUACCAGAGCCCGACCCUCUCGAGGGCAUGUCCGACGUCUCGUCUGACACUUCAGGAGACAUUCCAAGUUCUCCUAUCAAUGCGCGUCUCGAUGAAGAGGAUUUCCAAGAGCAAGUGACGAAAUGCGACUGGGAUGGUUGCCCAGCGGGCGACCAGGGCAACAUGGACAAGUUGGUUGAGCACAUUCACAACUCCCAUAUCGAAAACAGACAAAAGAAGUACACAUGUGAAUGGAUGAGCUGCACUAGAAAGGGUCUGCCUCACGCCAGCGGCUAUGCCCUCAAGGCGCACAUGCGCAGCCAUACAAGAGAGAAGCCAUUCUACUGUUAUUUGCCUGAGUGCGAUCGAUCAUUCACAAGAUCAGAUGCGCUGGCCAAACAUAUGCGAACAGUCCACGAGACAGAGGCUCUCCGCCCAUCCGAUCCAGUCCCCAAGUCAAUGCAAUCCGGACCUCAGGGCAAGGGAGGCAAGAUCAAGAUCAUUAUGAAGACCAACCAGCACUCGCAAGGCGGCCACGACGACAUGGACGAUAUCAACGGAGACGAAGCCAACGCCGAGUAUUUUACACCUCUGACGGACGAACUAUUUACCCCCGAUGAGCUCGAACUCCCCGUUGACAAGCUCUACCGAAAGUGCCAUUGGGAGGCCAAGUGGGCUGAGGAGAUCGGCGAGUCACUUAUGAAUGAAUGCAAGGAGUGGGAGAAUAUUUACUUCCAGGAGUGGCGUGAGAAGGAAGUGCUCCUACACCAAGCCAUUAAGAGCGAAGUCGACUGGCACGGUCGACGACAGGCUAUCCUGACGGGGGCAGUUGAUGUUCAAGUGCCUGGAGCCAUCGAAAGUGUCGAAAGCAUCGAAGGAGAGAAGACUAACGGUGCUGAAUACCAAGACCAAGAUAUAGCAACGAAUGGGAUAGCAGCUUCCGUGACCGAGGAAUAG